GGCGCGGGGCGUGUCGGGAAGGCGGCGGGCUAAGUGCGACCCUCGGUGGCGGCGGCGGCGGGAGUCAUGGUGGGUGGCGAGGCCACCAUCUCAGUAGAGGAGCUAGUUUCCGGGGUGCGGCAGGCGGCCGACUUCGCCGAGCAGUUCCGCUCCUACUCGGAGAGCGAGAAGCAAUGGAAAGCGCGCAUGGAGUUCAUCCUGCGCCACUUGCCCGACUACCGAGACCCACCCGACGGCGGCGGCCGCCUGGACCAGCUGCUGUCCCUAUCCAUGGUCUGGGCCAACCACCUCUUCCUGGGUUGCAGUUACAAUAAAGACCUUCUGGACAAGGUGAUGGAAAUGGCUAAUGGGAUUGAAGUGGAAGACCUGCCACACUUUACAACCAGAGGUGAAUUAAUGAAAAAGCAUCAACUCUAACGCAGAUCUACCACAUUUCCACCCCUGGGGACAGGCUUAAAAAGGAGGCCAGGGUGGAGUUGACUCAACCAUGUCAGCUCUUGAGAUUCCUGGUGUUUGCAGCAUAGAAGCAGCUGGAAUGGAAAGGGACGUGUCUACAAGGGCUUCAAAGAAGUCUUGGUUCUUCUAGAAGCCAUUGCUGUAAAAGUACAUGUACAUACUUACAUAUUUAUAAACAGCAAACUUUCUGAAAUUUCAUCAGCGUCAUCCAAGCCAAACUUUUCUUGAAAUGCCUUUUAUGUUGUUAUAAUAAUGACAGUGAUGGAUUUUAUAAUCUGAUUUUUUUUUUAGCAGAGUAAUUCUGGUUUUUCGAUGUAAUUCUGGCUUUUGCCCUACCCCCACCCAGUUUUGUCCUUCUGAGGCAAGCCAGAUUCUCCUUCUAUCUGAACCCACUCUAUGCUUGGUCCUCACUGCUGAUGGCCACCAAAGGACCGCGCUAACGACGGCCUCGCUGGAGCGCCCCGGCUGCUGGACUCUCAGAUUUCUGUGGAGGAAAUGGGAAUCAUGUUGCAGGCCUCAAUUUAAAAUUCACUGAGGGCCAGAGAUGUAGCUUAGCGGGAGAGUGCUUGCUUAGCAUGCUUGAGGUCCUGGGCUUGGUCCCCAGUAUUGCAGAGGAAAAAAUAGCUAGGCAGAUUAAAAAUUAAAUUCCUGGAAGUAUAUACAGCUUUGUCCAGCUGGCUAGCGGAUUUUCUAGACUCUCCUAGGCUGCUCACGUGCCUGCGUUCUCUUUGUUUCUAGAAGGCUUUCAGACUUGAAGAACUGCCUUGCACAUUGCUUCUAGGUUGUAGUGCAAUCGUGCUUUGCUCUGAGGCGGUGGUAUUGGUAUUCUACCUGACAGCUGAUAUGUCUGUUCUGAACCCCCUUCCAGUUCCUUCUGUUUAGUCUCACCAUUAGGUAAAUGCCUGCACCAUGGACAGCAGUGGAACAGAGUGCCACAGCUGGACUCAUCAAUGGCAGGCCCAUUAUGGCCAGUAAGAGUAGGGGCUGCCUUGGUCUUACAUACUGAAUUCAGGAAAUUGAACCCCCAGAAGCUGGGGCCGGUGGUGUCUGGAGUCAGAGCAGUGGGAUGACAUUCUUGGUGGCUUGAGAUGAAGGACACAUCUUUGUGUUUCCUAGCUGUAGUCCCCAGUGACCAGGAUAGAGUGGUAGUCAAGACAAACGUCCCCAGGCAAUGGAGGUCAGGCUGCCAGUCACAGAGGCCUUGGCAACACAGUGACCGUGAGCUGAGCUCUGUACUGAGACUUAGCUGUCUCCUAAACGCAGCCUCGCCUUCUUCCAUUCUAAUCUUUUGUCAAAUUUCUGAGGCUUAGAAACAAAAAUGGAGGUGAUUCACUUUAAAAUGUACUUUCUGUAUACAACCCCCAAUAAAACAGCUUUUCCAUUGAA